AGCCGCCCACCGCUUUACGUCAGGAUGGGAGAGGAAGGAAGGAAGUGCCGAAAUAAGCAUCAGCGGUGGCGCACCCCAGUUUGAAACCACCUUUUUCUCCACGGACAACUCGGGAGAGAAUCACAGGAUCACUCACCAUGAAGACCAUCAGGCUUCUUUUUGUCGUCCUCCUAGCAUCCGUGCACGUCUUCACUCCAGUGUCAGCAGAUGAAACAAACAAUCCGGAGGAAACAACAACAAGCCACCACGCUGCAGCACCUGAGCCCGCAACACCAGCAGAACCUGCGGAACCUGCACCACCAGCGGAACCUGCACCACCGGUGGAACCCGCACCACCGGCGGAACCUGCAUUACCAGCAGAACCCGCACCACCGGCGGAACCCGCACCACCGGCAGAACCUGCAUUACCAGCGGAACCUGCAGACGCCGGACCACCAGCAGAACCCGCACCACCAGCGGAACCCGCACCACCAGCAGAACCUGCACCACCAGCAGAAACUGCAGCACCUGGACCAGCACUGCAGCCGGCAACACCGCAACCUGCAACCCCACCAACAACAACAGCAGCAACAACAGGCCAAGCCACUGUAGCGCCUCCACAACUUGAGAACUCAAAAACGGAGGCGCCAGUCCCAACAACGGCCAAGACUCACUCACCGGAAGCCCAAACCGAGUCCAGCACAGACAUUGCGACCAACAAGACUCAUGGGAUCAACGACACCAUGCUUCCUUUGCAGCCUGACAAAGAGACUGGCCAUACCACGGAGAAGAGCCCUGGUCCUCAAAAGGGCAGCAGUGACAAAGAGCCUGCCAAAGCAGCCACAGACAAAAGGCUAUGGUGGGUUUUGCUUCCUAUUCUGCUGGUUGCCGGAGCCGCCGCCAUUUUCCUCAAGUUCAAAUGCAAAAAGGUCCAUGACCACACAGAGACUAUUGAUACCGGAACUGAGAACGCAUCUUUCCAAAGCCGCCCGGAAAGCACCAAAGAUGGCGUCAUGCUCCUCGGUGUGAAGUCAUCAGGCGGCGAGGAGAACGAUGCAAGAUAAAACGAAGAGGAUACAUCAAGAUGAAGUGGAUCUGCCUCUUGGCGAUCGUCUCAAGUAACAUUUUUCAUGUUUAUGAUGCAGGAACUAGUCCUAUGUGACUUUCUAUAUGUAUUUGAAUUCAGCGAGCCCAAGUGAAAUUGAAUAUAACUUUAUUGUCAUAAUUGUAAAAACAAACCUGGUAAACGUCCCCGUAGACAAAGUUGCUAAUAAAAUGAAAUGAAAUCUCGGCUGAAAUGGCCCCCGGGACACAUCUUGGACACACCUGGAUAAGGAUUGCAGGUUGUUUUGUAACUGCUGUCCAGAAAAUACAGUAUAUACCUAGACAGGAAAAAUGUGCUAGUGUUCUAGUUGAGUGAGUCGUAAAUAUAUCACUUGUUCAGUCUGAAUGCAUUCAAAGGAAGUGGUGCAGUGGCUGUUUUGUUUAUGGACCUCAAAUAAAUCACCGCAAAAUGUACCCCUUGUGUGUCUAAAUCUAUUAG